AUGAGUACCAAAUUUGGCUCUAUGGUAGGUUCCGAAAGUAAUGACGAUAGCAGCGAUGACAAUUCAUCUCAAGACCGGGGUCGCACAAAGUGCUCGGAAAAGCGAAAGAAGCAUAAAAAGCAUAAGAAGCAGAAAAAAUCUAAAAAACAUAAAAGAGAACGAUCGAAUUCGUCCGAUGGUGAGCGGCGCCACAGCAAAAGCGACACCCGCGUUGCCCUGAAAAGCAAUGAUUUGCUUGAUCCAUCGUUAAUAAAGAGGGCUGCGAGAGAUUCAUAUUCACCAGCAGAGAACAAAUCCACUAAAGGUGGUAAACCAAAUGCAAAUGUAGUUGAUGUGCUUAAACAGAUAUCAUCGCGGUGGGAUAGUUCCGGUGAAGGUGAACAUUCCCGUCAAAUGUUAGAUAGCAUGAAUACCAGAAUGCAUCGUUCCGAUUCCAGAGCGCCAAAAAUUGAUGGUUAUGCUGAUAAGGAACGUUUGCACCGGCACGGCUUAUCUCAUGAACAAAAAUCAACAAAACCCAUGAUUGUUGUAGAUGAGAGUGCUCAUCACGUUGAUACUAGAGAAAGAGACCAUGCUUCUACAGCUCAUCGAGGUAAUAGGAAUGAAAACCAUUAUUCUCGUACAUACAAUAAACACGGGUCUAAUCAACCGUAUGAACGAGAUAGUUAUAAUCGUAGUAGCCAUCAAGCAAGUAAUUCCCGCGAUAAUGGGAAAAAGUCCAGCAGUUCCGACCCGGCACAUCACAUUUAUCAGACCAACAGGGAUCUGCCGGGUGAACGAUGUAACCAAUCUACAUCAGAUAAAUACAGCAGUGCCGGUAGUCGAAAACGCGGACAUAACGAUAGUCCUUACAAACAAUCAUCGGGAAGGGAACGCUCGUCGUCACAAAGACGAGACAACGUGGAACAUCAGCAUAUCAGUAAGGCGCAUAUAAAAUCAGAGAAAACCAGCCGUCAUGAUGAAGACAAACAACACGCAUGGGGCAAACGAGGAGAUAAUAGAUCAAAUCCCUCUAAAACCAUCGAUAACGGCAAACGGGACAGUGAAUCUGCUGUCGAGAACGAUAAAACGGCAAGUCCUACCGAAAAAGAAAAACCAAAUUUCGGUUUAUCGGGGAAAUUAACCGAAGAAACAAACAAGGUAAACGGGGUUGUCAUUGCCUAUUCGGAACCGCCCGGUGCCCGAAAACCAAAGCGUCGCUGGCGAUUAUAUCCUUUCAAAGGCGAACAAGCAUUGCCUACGCUCUACAUACAUCGUCAAACGUGUUACUUGGUCGGACGGGAUAGAAGGAUUUGUGAUCUACCGGUCGAUCAUCCAUCCUGUUCGAAGCAACAUGCGGUUUUACAGUACCGUCUGGUGCCGUACGAACGUACUGACGGUACCAAAAGCCAAUGCGUACGCCCAUACAUAAUCGACCUGGAAUCAGCUAAUGGAACGUUCGUCAACAAUAAGCAAAUUGAACCAAAACGUUAUCUUGAGUUGCGUGAAAAAGAUGUGCUUAAGUUUGGGUUCAGUUCUCGUGAAUACGUGCUGCUGCAUGAAAACAGCAAAGAAGACAAUGAGGCAGACGAAGGAUACGAUGCUUCUCCGGUGGUUAAAUCUCCUAACGAUUCUACGCAUCUAUCAAACGUAGAAACGAAGUAG